GGUCCGUUUUGGGAACAGUGUAACCAAUUAUAGAGCCAUGUCGGAUAGGCUUGAUCAAAUCUACGUAAUAUUCACCCUUGUGCCCCAUGGAGCAACCAAUAAUAAAACCUCCAAUACAUACGUAAUCCUCAACUGCCAAGAUCUCACGAUGAUGAAUCUUGACCCACAGGUUGUUUGAGAACCUCAAAGAGAAGAAUGAGAUAUCAUCAUGGAGUAGAAGUGAGGCAGUAUAAGAGAGCGACGAUGCCGGGUCUGUCUACACAAUACCAGCACCAACAUCCAUCGCUCUCUUAUAUCGAAAAGACUAUCAGUCAUACUCCCUUCGUUUACUAGUACUUAUCAUUCUUUAUCUACCACCGAUUGACCAGCGAAAAUGAGAUUCUCCAUCUCCAUCGUCUCUGGCUUAGCCUUGCUAGCCGGCUCUGCUGCUGCUCAUCCCGGCCACGACAUCUCCCAGGAAGUUAAAGAGCGUCGCGAAUUUCUCGGCUCCGUUAAGCGCACUAGCCUAGGCCACUGCGCUUCUCAGCUGAAAGCACGCGGUGUCGCGAAUCGUAAUGUCCAGCGCCGAGCUGCUAUGCUUGAAAAGGCCCGGGACAAGAGGGGCUUGAAAAAACGCGACCUCAGCUCUAUCUUGGCUACUAGCCACAAUGCUACCGACCUCGGCUACACGCCCUGCACCAGCGCCGCCACCCUUUUCUCUGGGUAUAAUUCCUGCCUCUUAACCCCCGAAGUCACUCAGGGUCCUUACUACGUCGGUGGCGAGUAUGUCCGACAGAAUAUCAUCGAGGACCAGGCUGGACUCGACACCAUCCUCGACUAUCAGGUAAUCGACGUCAAUACCUGCGAGCCCGUUCCCGACGUCUAUGUGGAGAUGUGGCAUUGCAAUGCUACCGGCGUAUAUAGCGGUAUCGUCGCAAGCGGUAACGGAGACUCUUCGGACGAGACUAACAUUAAUAAUACCUGGCUCCGCGGCAUCCAAAAGACCGAUUCCGACGGCGUCGCUCAGUUCGAGUCCAUAUUCCCUGGACACUAUACGAGCCGCGCCACUCACAUCCAUAUCAUGAUCCACCAGAAUGCUGUGCUCUUCGACAACUCGACCCUUGGUAACAACGUGAGCGCCAGCCAUGUUGGUCAAGCUUUCUUCGACCAAGAUCUGAUCACUGCUGUUGAGCUUACUGCGCCUUACUCUACUAAUACCCAAGAGCUCACCUCGAAUGCUGAUGACAGUAUCCUGAGCCAGGAGACGGCUACCGACGGUGUCGACCCGUUCUUUGAAUACACGCUUCUCGGCGAAAGCAUCACUGAUGGUCUCUUCGCCUGGGUCGCUUUCGGUAUCAAUGCCACUGCGUCUCAGUCGGUUACUCCGGCUGCUUUCUACUACAAGGAAGGUGGUAUCGCAAACUCUGACUCCGGUGCCGGCGGUGCCGGUGGUGCUGGCGGUCCUCCUCCAAGCGGCGUGCCGAGCGGAAUUCCCAGCGGUACAUCAGUCUCGCCUGCUUCGACCUCGGCAUAAUUUAAUGAAGAUUCCUAGGGGCUGACUGACGGACUUUGGCGCGGAGAGAUGCUAAAUUUCAUGGUUUCGCGUUCUUAAGGUGCGCUAUAGACUUGAUUAUACAUAGGUACCUCCUAUAUUCACAUUCAUUUUAGUACAUAUAUUUCAAUACAUCUACGUAGCA